ACCGGUCAAGGGACUCUCACGUGGUAAGUUUAUGAAUUAUCUACAUUUAUUUAUUGUUUACCUACGUAUAUCCCCCUCGAUCUCUUCUGCUAAGACCAAGCAAAGUGGCGACGACCCAUCACGCCCGCACUGUGUGACCUAUCUGUACGAUGUCGACUUCUUUGAGAAUUUGAAUGGCUAUAGUUUUCUAGCAUGUGGCGAGGACGCCGGAUCCAGCACCAUCGCAACGAGCCCGCUCCCCGGCUGGACACCGACGAGCGAUCCAACGACCGCCGAUCAAUCAACAUCCGGAGUAUCCCUAUCAACCAGCGGCCCCGUCACUGUAACAAUAUUCCCAAGCGAGAGCCCAACACCACCUACCAGGCCAGACGCACCAGCAAGAAGCACCAGCUCAGGGCAAAAUAGGGCCGGCGCCAUAGCUGGCGGCGUGAUCGGCGGGCUCGCCGGACUGGCACUGAUCGGCGCCGCCAUAUUCUUCCUCCUCCGCCACCGCAGGCGGAAAACCCAAGAAGGCAAAGAAUACGCCGGCUCGCCGCCGUACACGAGCCGCGACUUCCCCGCCGCCAGCGUGUACCCGGGCGGCAUCCCCGAGCCGUACUACAACUCGGACUUCUACGGGGAGCUGCCCCCGCAGAUGAUCGACACAUCCACGCAGCACAUCGCGAGCUACCCGCCGCCGACGAGCCUCGACCCGAUCGUCAUACCGCGCGACAGCCGCGACACGCAGCAUAGCCAGAACACCCACACCCACACUCAUGCUCAUACGCAUAACACGCAAUCGCAGCAGCCGAGGAUGUCCUCGCACGCACGGCCGUCGACGUACGUCCCCCCGCUGCAGCAGCAGAGACAGCCCACUGCUGCGGACGACAUCGUGUCGCCGAUCACGCCGGGCGACCCGCUCAACCCGGCCGACGACCCCGCGAGCUACACGUGGAUCUCGAACCCGACGCCGCCGCCGCCGCAGCAGCAGCAGCACCACCAGUCGGCGUCCGAGUACUCCGAGUUCAGCCCGCCGCCGCCGGCGCACUUUCAGACGUAUAGGCCGUAUUCGGGGACGUGAACGGGGAACGGCGAUUUUGCGGCGGAAUAUAAAGAACGAUAGAAAUAAAGGAAAGAAAGAUGGAGGAAAGACAGUUGAGGAGGAGAUGCUUGCAGAGCGAGGGCGGGUCACCUCUCUAAAUGGAUUGGAUUGGAUGUACUUACCUAUGAAGUCUUGGUCGGAGCUGCGUGUAUAUACUGGGAUAGCGGGCGGCGUCUAUUUCUUCCUACUUCCAUCUUCCUCCGGAAUCUCGGGAUCAUUGGCGUUUCGGCGGCGCGGAACGCAUGUGCUAUGAUACCUAUUACUAUCUAUUUCCAUUGGGAAUAUUAGUUUUUUUUUAUCAAAGGCUUGCUAUGUACCAGUCGAAGGCAGAAUGGCGAGGUUUUGAUUCGGAAUUUUUCUGAAAUACUUCAAACAGCGUCAGAUGUAUAGGGCAAGGGCAGAGCAGUGCAGGGGAGGAAAGCGAAAGAUAUCUACGCCAGGUAGCUACAUGUAGGUGUAAGAGGUGGAUAGGUGAGUUAGGUGCCCUACCUAGGUCAACUCGCCGAUCAUUUUUAGCUUGAAUACCUAGUCGCGGUAGUAUCCAUAGAAGACUAAUGCAAUAGCAAGACGGUAUUAAGCCAGUAAC